AUGAGGGGUUCAUUGUACGCUGGAGCUCGUUUCCAGCAAGCAAAGCAUAUGAUGUACUACGCUGCGCUGUCCGAGGAAUUUGUCAUCGAUCGCUACAACUUCCCUUACGUCCCAUUCGACAUAGGCGAGUCGUACGGUGGACUUCUUCCUGUCUCGUCCAAUCCCAAUGACACGCAGAAAUUAUACUUCUGGUUCUCUCCCUCGGAAAAUCCCGCAGCGAGCGACGAAAUCACUAUCUGGCUAAACGGCGGGCCAGGAUGUUCGAGUCUGAUUGGGUUGCUUCAGGAGAACGGCAACUUCCUGUGGCAAGCGGGCACAGCGCAGCCGGUCUCGAAUCCAUGGGCAUGGACCAGGCUCACGAACAUGGUCUGGAUCGACCAGCCCGUAGGCGCGGGAUUUUCUCAAGGCGAUCCUACUGCAUAUGGUUCGGAUGAUACUGCUGACCAGUUCUUGGGCUUUUGGAAGAACUUUAUCGACACGUUUAAUUUAACGAACCGAAAAGUAUACAUUACGGGGGAAAGUUAUGCUGGCAAAUACAUCCCUUACAUCGCGCAGGCGAUGUUGAAUGCCAACGAUACGGCGUACUACAAUGUGCAAGGAACCAUGCUCAUCGAUCCAGCAAUCAGUCCAGAUGUAGCCUUGGUUGAGAUUCCCAUGCUAGACUUUGUGGAGAACAAUCAAGCAUUUUUACGACUCAAUUCCUCAUUUCAGGACGAGAUUCGAAUUGUCCAUCAAGAACAGUACAAUUACACCUCGUUCUUCGACACAUAUUUCAAGUUCCCAACCUCAGGCCCCAUGCCUACGAGGCCUGACAUAGACGAGGGAGACUCACCUUUCCGUAACUACGUCACCGAGGCCGCGACUCUGAUCAAUCCCUGCUUCAACGUCUACCACAUCACGGAUACAUGUCCCAACAAGUACGACCCUCUGGAUGUAUUCAACGUCGCCAAAACGGAGUUAGGAGGCUACUUCAACCAGAGCGAGGUCCAGCGCGCCAUGAACGCCCCAGAGGUCUCAUAUUCUACCUGCGGCCCGCGGUCCGUCUUUGUGAACGACAGUGCAACUGGCGGCCCGGGCACAGGCGGUGACCUGGCUCCCCCGGCAUCCUUCGGGGCCCUGCCCGCUGUGUUCGACAGUGUCCCGUUGAACCUAGUCCUCAAUGGUGCGCUCGACAUGCUCAUCCCUUCCGUGGGCACCCUUUUUGCCCUGCAGAAUGUGACCUGGCGUGGGGCAACUGGCUUCAGCGCCGAGCCGACGCAGAGGUUCCUUGUCCCGUCUGCCACGGGCAAUGCCAGCCUCGUGGGGCAGGCUGGGGAGAUGGGAACAUGGGUAUAUGAGAGGGGCGUUGUAUUUGUGGACGUGGCUGGGGCGGGCCAUGAACUGCCGGAGUUUAAUCCCAGUGCUGCGUAUAGGCUUCUCGAAGUUUUGCUUGGGCGGGUUGGUGUUGAAGAAGGUCUGGGGCAGGGCGUUGAAUGGACCACGCCACUUGCAUGA